AUGGACCUAACUGGACUACAUACCAUUGAAGCCAUGUGUCGACGUUCUGACCUCAAGGUGAAGGGGCAACUAAUGCAACGAUGUCCACAAUUCUUCGAGAAGGUUACUCUCCUGGAAAAAAUGCUCGAAAGGGUGAACAACUCAACGAACACUUCGCUAAAACAAGACAUUCAACGGCACGGGAUUCUCGAGAAACUCAAUUCUUUGGCGACACUUUUGACAACAAAACACCAUCAUACUUGGACUCCAGUUCAGAUUGUCGGAGAUGUGUAUCUUCAGGCACCUGGAGGUAUCACUAUCAUAAGUAUUAGCUUG